CCAACUAAUACACAAAAGUACGUAACUCAAUUCUAUCCCGACCCCUAUCUAAUCUCUCUCCUGCCUUUUCUCCCAAUUUUUUUUUAGAAAUUCUAAUUAAAUUUAAAUGGCUCAGGGAAUUGUCAGUGCAAAACUAGUUUUGUUGCUUGUAGUUGGCAUAUUGUACCUUCUAACUAUUACCAAGCCUGCCUAUGCAACUGAUUUCACCGUAGGCGACGCUAAGGGUUGGACCUUUAAUGUCAAAAAUUGGCCCGAGGGAAAGUCCUUCAAAGCUGGUGAUGUUUUAGCAUUUAAUUAUGAUAAGGAAAGGCACAAUGUGGUGGUGGUAAGCAAGGAAGGUUAUGAUAAAUGCUAUGAACCAACCCCAUCAAAAAUUUACCAAACUGGAAAUGAAAAAAUCAGCUUGGCCUCAGGUCCAAACUAUUUCAUCUGCUCUUUCCCUUCCCACUGCCACAACGGGGUCAAGAUCGCUGUUAAUGCAUCAUAAUUAAUUUCUCUUUGGAGAAAGCCAGCUAGUAUAUUAAUUUAAGGAUAAAGUGUCUAUGAAUAUAUAUAGAGUAAUAUCUUCGGGAUAAAUGUUUUUUCCAAACUUGUUUAAAUCCAAAAGGAACUAGUUUCGCAAGGUGAUGAGCAAUAACAUUGUCGUCCCUUUUAACAUAAGACAAAAUGACAUAUACUAGAUGUGGUUUAUCAUUGUUGUGAUUACUUUAAAUAAUUAUCUUAAUUAAUUACGUUGUAUUCGAA